CCCAAGGUAGCCAAUGAAAAGCGAGUUAUCAAGUCCUUCCAGCCAAUCGUCGCUUUCCCAUGGAAAGAAGUUGAAGGUGUAAGCUCUUCCCUUUCCUUUGCCCGUCAUCGGUUGUAGAAGUGAGUUAAUCGGCUGGUGGCGUGUCGGUAUCUCUUUAAGAAUGGAACGCAGAACUCCCUCGGUGGUGGAUGCGUUGUGACGCGAAAUGAGUGCUGCAACGUUCUAAAAGUUGUACCUCGGAAGAAAAGGAAACAGCCGAGCAAUUUCACUGUGGCUCCCACCCUGGGGCUCUUGACUCCUGCUUCCCUGCUUUCCCCGGCUCCUCUGCCCGCUCUUCUAACCCUCAACCAUGCUGACCAGAGAAUGGACUCGGUGGAAUAUGAUGUGCUGUCGGUGCGGGAGCAGCUCUUUCACGAGAGGGUGCGGGAGUGCAUCAUCUGUACCCUCCUCUUUGCCAGCCUCUACAUCCUGUGCUACUUCAUCCUAACCCGCUUCAAAAGGCACACAGACUUCACCACAGUUGAUGAUGACGAGGAUGCCGCUGUCAACAGAAUUGCGCUGUGGCUGUGCACCUUCACCUUGGCCGUGUCCCUCGGCGCUGUGCUCCUCCUGCCCUUCUCCAUCAUCAGCAAUGAAGUCUUGCUCUCCUUCCCACAGAACUACUACAUCCAGUGGCUGAAUGGCUCCCUCAUCCACGGGCUCUGGAACCUUGUCUUCCUCUUCUCCAACCUCUCCUUAGUCUUCCUCAUGCCCUUCACCUAUUUCUUCACGGAGGCUGAAGGCUUUGCAGGAUCAAAGAAGGGCAUCAUGGCCCGGGUAUAUGAGACAUUUGUGGUGCUCCUGCUGCUGACGUUGUUGGUGCUGGGAAUGGUCUGGGUCGCAUCUGCCAUCGUGGACAACGAUGCAACCAGCAGGGAGAGUCUCUAUGACCUAUGGGAGUUCUACCUCCCCUACCUCUACUCCUGCAUCUCCCUGUUUGGUGUGCUGCUGCUGUUGUUGUGCACACCCUUUGGCCUGUCACGGAUGUUCACUGUUACAGGGACUCUGCUGGUGAAGCCCAGGCUCCUGGAGGAUUUGGAUGAGCAACUGAACUGCACAGGAUUUGAGGAAGCAGCCAUUUCUCGCAAGAUCCGCUCUGGGAAAACUUCCUGCUGGCUCAACUUUGACAUGGAAGUGUUGAGACAACAGUACCUAGCAAUUCACUCCCGCAGGAUAAUGCUGGAAACACGCCGUAAAGCUUCCGCUUGGCAAAGGAACCUGGGCUACCCACUGGCCAUGCUGUCCUUGCUAUCUCUCACGGGUAUCUCUGUUCUUGUAGUCUGCUUCCAUGUCUUGGAGCUGCUGCUGGAUGAUGCUGCAAUGCCGCGAGGAAUCCAGGAUGCACCGCUGGGGAAAGUGUCCUUCUCGGUCUUUGGCUCCUUUGGGGCAGUCAUGCAGGUGAUCCUCAUAUUUUAUCUUAUGGUUUCCUCUGUUGUGGGGUUCUACAGCUCCCCACUCUUCACCAGACUGCUGCCUGAGCGACACGACACAGCCAUGACCAAGAUAAUUGGGAACUGCGUCUCCUUGUUGGUGUUGAGUUCAGCACUCCCAGUUUUGUCUCGUACCUUGGGAAUCACAAGGUUUGACCUGCUGGGAGACUUCGGGAGGUUUAACUGGCUGGGGAACUUCUACAUUGUCAUUCUCUACAACAUGCUCUUUGCUGGCCUCACCACCCUUUGCCUGGUGAAGACAUUCACCUGGGCCGUACAAGCAGAACUCAUCCGGGCCUUUGGCCUCCACAAGCUGCCUCUGCCCGUGACACGGUCCCACCGGUCAAACAAGCUCAGCUAGAAUAACUGUUGGUGCCUGUCUGGAUCAAGCCUGGCAAGAUCACCUUGCCUGCAACCUGCUGCCGGGGCAUCCUGACCUUGACAUCCUGAUUGUGUGGGUGUCUGAGCCAUCAUAUUGCAGCAGAGGGGGCAGAGAACCUUCCUUGCUCUGCCUCUGUUGGACCAACGGCCUGCAGGACAGGAAGGGGAGAGCCUUUGAUUGGCAUCCCAGGGAGCCCGAGAAGCCGAUAAGCUCAAAUGACUAUGAACACCUUGCUCUCUUCUGCUCCGAGGCCCUGUUGGCUGAGCGAUCAUCUUGUGACUGAGGAACUAAAAUGGCGGAGAUGGACUGUGGAGAAAGAAGCAUUGGACUGCUGGAGAGACUUGGGUGGAGGACUAGCCCUGAGGCACUGUAGAAAGCAAAGCAAGGCCAUUGGCUGGGAAGGGGAGAAAGUGCCUGAUGUCUCGGAUCCCUGCUUUUUGCUCCUCCCUGUUGACAUUGGACAUGGUCUUAAGCUUCACGUCCGCUGGCCCCUUUCCCCACCCUGGAUCCUAGGGGCCAAACCAGUUGGGCAUCUUCUCCGUGAAUGUUGGGAGCCAGUUCUAAUUAGAAGUUUGAACUCUGUUCCAUGUUUACAUACUUUACUCAAGUGCAAUAUAUGCUGGCCUGGUGGGCUCGAGCUCCCUGGAUUUCCGUUCAGCAGCCAUCUGUGUCUAGGUGGCAGCGUGUGUGUGUGUGUGUGUGUGUGAGAGAGAGAGAGAGGGGGGGGGGAGAGAGAGAGAAAUAUGGUGGUAAAACCUGUGUAGGACUCCCUCUACCAUCACUACGGGCACCAAAAGUAAGAGGAACACAUCUAAUCAAUUGCUGCAUGGUGAGUUUUCAGUACAGUAAAGGUGAAUGUGGAGGGGAGGGGAAGCUGCAGUCAGAAAGUGUUUCUUCCACCCUCUAAUUCUUGCAUUGAUGGCAGGAGAGCAAAUAUUGAGGGUGUUUGAGGUUGGGAGUUGGGCCUAUAUGUUGGCCCAACCCUUCUGCUUUCUCAGCCCUGUGUGCCUUCCUCCUUGUGGGAGCAAGCUUUCAGCAGAGGAGCGUUUUUUUGCAGCUUGUUUGCAUAACACUCUAGAGUAGUGGUUCCCAAAUGGAGUUCCUCCAGAUGUUGCUGAACUACAACUCCCAUCAUUCCCAGCUACAGUUUAUUGUGGCUGGGGAUGAUGGGAGUUGUAGUUCAACAACAUCUGGAGGCACCCUGGCUGGGAACUAUUGCUCUAGAGACUUGGUUACAGGAGCAGCUCUCUUUAUGAUAUGCGGGUAGGGUGGAAGCUUGGAAUGUAAAUUGGCUUAAUGUUGAGGUAUAUUGUAAGUUGGAGAAAUUGAUUAGGCAUGCUGGAAAACUUUCAUAUGGAAGAAUGUGAAGAGGAAAAGGAGUGUGUGUGUGUGUGUGUGUGUGUGUGUGUGGUCACCACAGCUUGAAGUCAUUUCACCUUGCCCUACACCCACCCACCCCCACCACAUACAAACAAACAUAAAGCUCCUCUGCUGCAUCAUAACUGCAUACCUUGGAUCCAGUGUUCCCUCUAACUGGGAUUCCCAGAUGUUGGUGACUACAACUCCCAGAACGCCCAACUUCCAUGGCUUUUGCUUGGGGAUUAUGGGAGUUGCAUUCAACAACAUCUGAGAACCCCUGUUAGAGGGAACACUGCUUAGAUCUGCUAUGCCUUUCUGCAUCUCCCCAUCCUUGUGGGCUACAAUGGCUUCUCUAGUGUGUCUGGAUUCCCUGCAUCCAGUCCUGAACAAGGAGAAGAAGGUGGGGAAGGCUUUCUUGACGAGCUUUAUAUAGAACACCCAAGUUAGGUUGAUGGGGUAGGGGCAGGCAUCAGAUUGGUUCCUGCAGAUGGGGGUGGCCCUUCCUUAUAGAAACCAGGAUGUGUCUUGAGUGGCCGUGGUCUGUUGACUGUCUUACUAUAGGAGCUCCUUUGUGUCUGUCCCACUGUGUGUGCAUGUGACACUGUCCUGUUCUGUGUGCGUCUACCGGAGUUGGUGAGGCCACUACUGUCUGUCCGUGUGUCCAGUGCAAGAAGACGUGGCUUCAGGACGACAGCUCUCCCAGAUGACACCUGGGUGCCCCUUGGUGAGCUGCUUGGUGAACUACAGACUGCUGAGCCCUUCGUAUCCACUGCCUUGUGUUCCCUCUGCAGCUGGUGCUGAAGAGGACUGGCUAGUUGAGUCCUGCAUUCUCAACCCAACCGAGAACUGGUGUCGAGGAGAGCUGUGUGUGGACGGGUGUGUUCUUUUCUUUCAGGCACAUGUCAUGGCAUUAUUCAUCCAGCCUGGUGGGGGCCGCCCAGCUGAAGAUCAGUGGCUCCUGCCUGCCCCCCCCUUUCUUUUUUUUUGCUGCAUGUAGUGAGUGUCUGGUUUCAGUCCUGUUGUGCCCAUGGGGCUAUGGCCAUGUAAGCAAUAAAUUGCCUGUUCUUGGGUUUUUCCUUUC